AUGAUUAUCUAUGCUAUCUCGCUCCCCCUUUCUCUGACCUAGUUUUUCCUCUCCCGUUUUUCGCUCUCUCCGACUCUUUGAUUAUUCGUCCUUCAAAUCAAUGGCGGGUCGUGGUAAAACUCUUGGAUCAGGGGCCUCCAAAAAGGCGCAGUCUCGAAGUAGCAAGGCCGGGCUCCAGUUCCCUGUCGGCCGUAUUGCUCGGUUUCUGAAAGCUGGAAAGUACGCUGAGCGUGUCGGAGCAGGCGCGCCCGUCUACCUCGCAGCUGUCCUCGAGUACCUGGCCGCAGAGGUUCUUGAGCUGGCUGGAAAUGCUGCGCGAGACAAUAAGAAGACAAGGAUUGUUCCCCGACACAUACAGCUGGCUGUCCGUAAUGACGAAGAGUUGAGCAAGCUUCUUGGGGACGUGACGAUUGCCAAUGGUGGUGUGAUGCCGAACAUCCACAACCUGCUACUGCCGAAAAAGGCUGGAACUUCAAAGGCCUCGGGUGGAGACGAUGACUCUUAGAUUCAAGUGAAGACACGAGUUUAGAUUUUCGGCCAUCUACGUGUUGGAUAUGAGAAUCACUUUUCUUCGCCAUGGUAUUUUUUUUUUUAGUUCCGGUUAGAAUUUGAGUACUAUGUGAUUGUGGAAUUGUAGUAGAGUCGGUGGUAGUAGUUAGGGUUUCCGGUUGUAGUGAAUGUGAAUAUGAUCUUCUAUUCGUUAUAGAAGAGAAUGUCGAAUUUAAUUGAAAAUUACUCGUGUAUUCAUAGUUCAUGAUAUUAUUGAUUCAGGCCUUAAUUCUGA